CAAGGUCAUUAAUCUAUUACUGAUAAGUGAUAACAAGCAACUAGUGUGUGACAAAUGUGAAGUGCCCCGUAUUUUCUUUUCCUUUUAUUUAUCUUAUUUGGUGCAAAUUAUCUGAAUUCGACGGUAUUUCGUCUUUGCCGGGGCCAUGAUUUUACUGAACGUUGCCAAAAUGACUUUAAAACAGCCUAAACACCCCAUGCCAAAGUACCUGAUAUAUGAGAGAUAACCAACAAUUCUUAUUACCAAUAAAAUGUUACGAAAUAUAUUUUAAUAUGUUAGGCAAUGUAGCUAUUCGCAGUGUAUUUAAAAAAUUUAUCAAAUAGACUGUUAAGUCCAUAAUGACACUUGUUCAUUUUUGGAAAGGCGGCUCAAAAUUAAAAAUAAUAAAUGAAGAAGACCUGCCAAAAAGUUUUAAAAAGAUUGUUAAUUUGGGAAAUCAACUGUUUUUGCUAGAUAACAGAAAUCGCAUUUGGUUAGGCACAAUAACGAGUAAUGAGAUCGCAUUUACAAAGAGUAAAGUUAAUGCAGUCGAUAUAGCUGCGACUCCGCAUAGCUUUUAUUAUGUCAGUGAGUCUGGAAAGGUGUUCAAGACUAAUUCAGAUGUGGAGAGUUCAGUUGAGAUAAUACUCCAUGAGGAAGCUACCUGUUGUGUCCACGGCUAUGCUACUUCCAGUCAUAAAACGCUUGUUUCGAAAAUUGCAGCUGGUGGUAUGGGUGUGUUGUUUAUUUCUGAUACCGGUGAGCUUUGGGCUUGUGGAGAGCAUCCCCAGUUAGGUAUAACUGCUGCCGAACAGCCAAAAAAAAUAUGCUUUUUCGAAGGGAAACAUAUAACAGGAGUGGGGUGCGGUGAAGAUUUCAAUAUUGUAGUAGCUCAUAAAAGAGAUGAAAUUUGUCCUGUCAUCAACGAAAAUGGAGAAGUAGAAGUAUUUUUAUCGAAUUGUCCGCAAUGUGCUAAUGAAGCUAUGUCACCUCUUUCGCCCCAAUCUUAUUCUGAAAGCUGCCCGCUUGGAUUGCAGUUAGGAAGAUCAAAUGAGUCCUUGAGUGUUUCAACAUCUACAAGUAAAAACAGUGGGAGUGGUGAUAACAAGAAAAGCAAUGAUAAUACUUCUUCUUGUACUGAAGAAGACUCCCCGCAUAUAUCUGACAACAUAGAAUGUAGUCUACCGAACCUCGAAGACAGAGACAGAGCAGAAUAUGAAAAGGAAACGAGAGGUAGCAAUAUACUCUUGAUAAACACAGAAGCUGCAAGACAGUUUUUGACCAGGCAGCUCUCCUGGGUGUCAACAGGUGGAGAAGAACUUUUGGCCGAAGUUACUGGCCCAACAAAAAUGAUAAGACGAAAUGUAAGCACUGUUGCAAGCCUCGUCUACGAAAGAGUGAAGACUGUUGGUGAUAAAGUCGCUACACUUUCAAGACAUGUGAGUGGAGGUUCAGACAACAACAGUGAGUCUUUUGAAGAAUUUGAAGAGUUGACUAAGUCAAAUGCUAGUCUAAACAGAAAUUUUCGAUGGGAUUGGUCAUAUAGUGAUGGCUCUGAAGAAGCAAUUGCUGAAAGGAAUGGAAAUUGUAUUAAUAAAGGUUCCCAUUUGAUUCGGGGAGAGGUAUGGGCUUGGGGCAGCUCACAAUAUGGACAGCUUGGCAUUGGUGAUGAAAUAAGAAGGCAUAAACCUGUUUUGGUUGGCUCUGUUUCUCACAUUGGCGUGACUGGCGUCUGGUGUGGUAAAAAACACUGUAUAAUACAGACUCUUGAUGGCCGAGUUUUUGGUUGGGGUUCUAAUGAACAAGGACAACUUUCCUAUGAUUCAAAAAUUGUUACUCAGAGUUCUCCAAUGUUGUGUGAAAAAGCAUUGGCUGUUGCAGUCGGUGAUUACCACUCAGUGAUAUUGACAAGAAAUGAAGUGCUCUUAUGGUUGUCACAACCAAAGCAGAAUCCGAUUAUUGAUAAUGGUUUUGACUUUAUUAAUGAAAAUAAAAAUCCCCAGAUCAUUAUCCUUUCAACCAGCGAUAUUACAUGUUUCGUCUUAACUGAUAUUACGAGAGAAGCUACAUUAGAGACAGAUUUGGCGCAUGUUCAAAGCUUUCUUGAAGAAUUGCUCACUGUCCAUAACACAAUAGUUAAACCUCUUUCUAGAAGAUCCUCGUUAGAAGACACUAUAUCCAAUUUGUGCUUCAGAUAUAAUGACGUCCUUCAUCUGACAGCUGUCAUCGUUUCCAACCUUUUAGAAGGUCGAUCAAGCUGCGAAGUUUUAUCAGAAAUCCAAGAUGACCUCAUUUAUAUAUAUGAGGCAUACCUCACCACUGUUUGUGAUGUUAUUGCCAUUAAUGGCUUUGCACAAAUUACAAGAGCAGUUGAUACACCACUUAAAAUCACAGCUUGCUUCUCUGAUAGGCUCCCGACAAGAAAAACUUCUUCAGAAUCAAUAAUAACUUGCGCCUUUUCACAACCUCUUUCACAUAUUUCAAUUUACAAGGGCAUGAUUUCAAGAGGUGGCGGUGAUUGUCGACGGAUGGAAAAGCUGCGAGAAUCUCAGGAGAUGAUGAGAAAAGAAGCAGAACUCACAAAAGCUUUUUGGGAUAGUGCAGGUGGAAGAAUACCCGAAAUGCUAAGAACACCUCAAAGAAGGAUAAUAAAAGAGUCUCGUUCCAGUCCUUUAACACUGUAUAAUGCAUCACGUUUUUCCUCACAUUGGUUUAUAUUACUAUCGGACUCUUUUGUACACAUUUCUGGCACUUCCCAUCAAAUCCACAGCUUGGACACUGUUUGGGUUGAAACCAACAAUUUAGAUUCAGAGCAAAUUCAGAAUGUAAUUUUAUUUGUAACACCAGAAGAAUCUUUGACAUUAGUUACAACAAACCAUACAGAAAAAGUUGAUUGGUUACAGGCGUUUCAAACCACAAUAAAAACCUUUUUAAAUAAACCGGUCAUUCCAAUCUCCAGAAGUGCUUCGUACACCUUUACCAAACAUCCAAUGUAUAAAGAUGCCAAAUAUACAGGAAAAUGGCAUUUGGGAAAAAUGGACGGAAAGGGUAAACUAGAGUGGCCUGACGGAAGAGCGUACACAGGACAAUUUCGUAACAAUUUAUGUCAUGGCACUGGAAAAAUGGAGAUUCCAGAUGUUUCUGUGUACGAAGGACAAUGGAGAGAUGGUUUUCAAAAUGGUUAUGGAAUAACUAAGUAUGAAAAUGGGGAUGUUUACAUAGGUUACUAUAAAGAUGGUUUUGAAAAUGGUCAUGGAGUAAGAAAGACUGGAAGAUUUACUUCAUCCCAAGCAUCAGUAUAUGUGGGAGAAUGGCUGAUUGGACAAAAGCAUGGUUAUGGGGUCUUAAACAAUAUCUGCACAGGAGAAAAAUAUAUGGGACUUUGGACUGGAAAUUUAAAAAAUGGCUCUGGAUUAAGUGUGACCUUAGACGGCAUUUAUUAUGAAGGAACUUUCGUUCAAGAUGUGCUCACUGGGCGAGGUGUGAUGGUUUUUGAAGAUGGCACCCAUUAUGAAGGCGAGUUGCGCGAAGCUGGUGUUUUCAGUGGGAAAGGAACCUUAACGUUUAGUUCCGGUGAUACUUUUGAAGGCAGCCUUCAUGGUACUUGGAAUGACGGUGUGAAAAUAUCUGGAACUCUUCAUAAACAUCUUGCUUCGACUUCGCCCAGACAUUCUUUUUCGAAACCAGUAUCAUUUGGGCUGUUGUGUGUACCUGCAGAACAAAAGUGGAAAUCGAUUUUCCGUCAAUGUUGGUCAUCAUUGGGCGUUUCUGGAGAAGGAAAACCUAAUGAAACUCAUCAAGCCUGGCAGAAUAUUGCAACAAUUUUAGGAAGCAGGCAUGGUGCAAAACAUCACGAACUUCUCCAAGUAAUACUUACUUGUGGAAGGACAGAUCUCAAUUUGGCAGAUUAUAAACAGAUUAUUGCAUAUUUACAACUGGCAUUUGAAAAUAAUUAUCAUCCCCUGGGAAGAGCACUUGCUGAAUUAAUAGAAGCAUAUAUAACUACUUAUGGUGGGAUGCUCGUCCAUCCUCUCCUUCUUCCACAAGCCGUAGCUGAACUUCGCUCUAUCACUCAGAGGCUGUAUCAAGUUGUACGAGUUUUAUUUCCGGCCUUGCCUUAUCAGUCUUCACAGAUUGUUUUAGGAGAUGAACACCAUGAAGUUGCUUCAAUGAGUGGUCUCCUUUAUCCCUUAAUUUUACCAAAGCUUUAUUCUUCACUACUUUUCCUCUAUUCCCUUCACAAUCGAAAAGAAAAUGACGCUUAUUGGAAAAGGCUGUUGAAAUGGAAUAGACAACCUGACAUAACAUUAAUGGCAUUUUUAGGUGUUGACAAAAAAUUCUGGCAAAAGGGAGAUGGAACACCUUUGGAAGAAGGACUUUUUGUCAACGCUGUAGAAUCUCUACAGCAACUGAAAACAACGUUCUCUCCAAUGGAAAAAUUAAUCGUUAUCCAUACUACAUUUAAGGAAAUAACAAAGGCUGUUCAAGGCAAAUUGGGAGAAACGUUUACAUGGCAAAUGGAUGAUCUCUUCCCUGUCUUUCAUUAUGUUGUAGUUCGUUCGCAUAUUCAGGAACUUGGAUCGGAAAUACUUUUCAUCGAGGAUUUUAUAGAGGAUAGGUUUAAAAAUGGAGAAAUGGAUAUUAUGUUCACAACUCUAAAGGCUUGUUACUUUCAAAUUUUGCAAGAAAAAAUUAACAUAAAUAUCUAGUUCAUGAAAUGGAUUCUUUUUAUGUACCAAAACCAAAUUUCUCUUUAUUGUUUUAAAAACUGCAGAGUGGAUAUGAAAUUAUUUUUUAUGUGAUAAAAUGUGAUUAAAAAUUGUUACUUUAAAAUUUUUAUUACCAUUCAUAUUAUUACUGAGGUGAUGAAAUGAUGUUUACCAUUAAUACCAAAAAUUAAAAUUUAAAAAUUAAGGUUGUAUUUUGUAAAAAGUCUAAAUUGUAUUGUAGAGAGCUUUAGUAAAUAGAUAAAUAAUGCUAAGUAGCCAAUUAAUGAGUUUGGCCUAUGGAUUUUACUCAUUAACUACAAUAGUAUUGUGAUUAUUUCAUUCCUUUACCAUUCAUUCCUUUAAUUAUCAUUUUAUAUUAUAACACCAAAAGAAUUUUAAUUAUCAUUGUUGAUUAAUGUUUGAGGCGCAAAAAGACUAGUCAAAUUAUUUAUACUAUUCCUGUUUGUUAAUUUUGUCUCUUAUUUUAUAAUGAUUCAUUGCUAUAUUUUUUUAAAUGUUGUUAAAAAAAACUAUUUGCAUUACUGUAAACUACUGUUUUCUCAGGUUUAUUAUCCCAGGGUUAAGAAUAUGAACAUAUCAGAUCACUGAGUUGAUUUCAUUGACUAAAAAUCUGAAAAGUGUUUAUUUUAUGAAUAGUUACAGUAAGCAAACCAAGACAUCUACAUUUAAGUACAAAACUGUUUUAAAUAAAGAAAAAACACUAGAAUAGUUGUAAAUUUGAAUGAUAUUACAAAAGCAAAUGGCGAUAAGUGUCCAUGUUUUGUUAUAAUGUAUAUAUAUAAAAAGAUUUCAUGUUAUGAAAGUGGAAAAAGAAACACUCCUUAAGAAACAUUGUAAAAUUAAUAAAAUGCCCAUUAUUAUGAUG